ACCUGCACUUCGUUAGAGAGCAGUGUGUUCACAUGCCACACCACAAAAGCCCCACAAUGACAUAACUCCAUGCAGAGACUGGCGUAACUGGGCUGGUCCCCCAUCCGCCUCAGCUCUUGUAUCACUAAGAAUCUGGCAGGCAGUUCCAUCCUGACAGAGUUUACAGCACAUAUUGGUGGAUUCCUGUCCAUAGUGCAUCUGUUUAAGAAAUUAACGAAAGCAGUGUCAAGACAGUAAGGAAUCAAAGCAGUUGCUCAAGAUGAAUUUACCUGCAUUUGCUCUUGUCUUGGCAUUAAUCCGUGGUGCCAGUGGCCAAUAUUACGAUUAUGAUGCCCCCCUCUUUAUGUAUGGGCAAUUAUCACCCAACUGUGCACCCGAAUGUAACUGUCCCCACAGCUACCCGACAGCCAUGUACUGUGAUGAUCUGAAGCUCAAAAGGGUUCCAAUGGUGCCUGCUGGGAUCAAGUAUCUUUACCUUAGAAACAACCAGAUUGACCACAUUGAUGAAAAAGCUUUUGAGAACGUAACUGAUCUGCAGUGGCUCAUUCUAGAUCACAAUCUUCUAGAAAACUCCAAGAUAAAAGGAAAAGUUUUCUCUAAACUGAAACAGCUGAAGAAACUGCAUAUAAACCACAACAACCUGACAGAAUCAGUGAGUCCACUUCCAAAAUCUCUGCAGGAUCUACAGCUCACUCAUAACAAGAUCACCAAGCUCGGCUCCUUCGAUGGACUGAUAAACCUGACCUUCAUCCACCUUCAGCAUAAUCAGCUCAAAGAAGAUGCUGUCUCAGCUUCCCUGAAAGGUCUUAAAUCUCUUGAGUACCUUGACUUGAGCUUCAAUCAGAUGAACAAGCUACCUUCUAAUCUGCCAGCAUCUCUUCUAACUCUCUACCUGGACAACAAUAAGAUCAGCAACAUCCCAGAUGAAUAUUUCAGUCGCUUCCGUGGGCUGCAAUACCUGCGUUUAUCUCACAAUGAACUGGCUGAUGGCGGAAUACCUGGGAAUACAUUUAAUAUAUCAUCCCUGCUUGAGCUGGAUCUCUCCUAUAAUAAGCUCAAGAACAUACCAACCGUUAAUGAAAACCUUGAAAAUUAUUACCUGGAGGUCAACCAACUUGAAAAGUUUGAAGUUAAGAGCUUCUGCAAGAUCCUGGGACCAUUAUCCUACUCCAAGAUCAAGCAUUUGCGUUUGGAUGGCAAUCCCCUUACCCAAGGCAGUCUUCCCCCUGACAUGUACGAAUGUCUACGUGUAGCAAAUGAAAUCACCGUUAAUUAAUUUCUUCUCACUCCAGUUACAAUGAAGUAUAUUCUGGAGCAAUACUUCAAAAUUAAGAUUUUCAUGUAUGUGUGUGAAGCUUCCAUAAUUUCCUUUGUUGUUAUUGUCGACUACUUCCAGGGAUUUUAAUUAAUGAAGGAAAUGUUUUGUGAAUAUUUACCACUUAUUUUAAUAAAAGAAAAGAUGAAAAGCAGGCCUAUUUCAUCAUGAGAACAGACAAAAAAACAUUAAGCUUAAGUCUUUGUAUGUAAAUUUAGUUUUUCUAUAGCUAUUUGGUCAAGUGAUAUGCAAAGUCUUUUUACUGACUUCAUGGAAAUCACUCACAUUUCAUGAUCCCUAUAUUUUAAUUUAAUGAACUUUAAAACAUUGACUACAAUGAAUAGAUAUUUCUACCCUAACCCAAAUUAGUUCGAUAUGUUAAAUUUUCUUUUGAUGAAAACAGAUUUUAUAUUUUGAGACCAAUAAUUUUUCAAUAUAUCAGACAAAAUUUUCAAAGUCACACACACCUAAGAAUUCAUACCUAGUAUUAAGCAUUUGCAUAAUUACAUAAUGAAAGUUUUUUGAAUUAUUGUUUUCUCUGUCAUGUGAAUGUUUCUUUUUGAUUAUUUGCAUGUUAUGUUUAACAGGCUGAUAGCAAAAUAAAACACAGCAAAUGGCA